UCUUCUCAACCACCACCUCCUCCAUCUCUCUCUCUCUCUCUCUCUCUCUAAACAGGGUAAUCACGAGAUGAAGAUGAAGAGGGCGGGUUCGUGCGCUCUUGGUGCUCUGUUUCUGCUCGGCCUCUUCGCUCGCGGUUUGACCCUCCAGAUUGGAGAGACGUGUUCGUCGGACAGCGCCUGCGACGCCGGCCUCAAGUGCGAGACUUGCCCCGCCAAUGGCAACACCCGACCCAGAUGCACCCGGAUUCAACCCCUGAGCCCCACCUCCAAAGUGAAUGGCCUGCCGUUCAACAAGUACUCGUGGUUGACGACCCACAAUUCGUACGCUCUUUCCGGUGUCAAGUCGGACACCGGCUCGGCUCUCCUCUCUCCCACCAAUCAAGAAGACUCCGUCACCAGUCAGCUCAAUAAUGGAGUUCGAGGGCUUAUGCUUGACAUGUACGACUUCGAGAAUGACAUAUGGUUGUGCCACUCUUUUGAGGGGAAGUGCUACAAUUACACUGCCUUUCAACCGGCCAUCAAUGUUCUUAAAGAGAUACAGACGUUCCUGGAAGCAAAUCCUACUGAGAUAGUCACCAUUUUUAUUGAGGAUUAUGUCACUUCCACUCUAGGAUUGACAAAGGUCUUUAAUGAGUCUGGUCUUAGCAAGUACUGGUUCCCUGUAUCUAGCAUGCCCAAAACUGGCGCAGAUUGGCCUACAGUGGAUGACAUGGUCCGGCAGAAUCAGCGCUUAGUUGUUUUCACUUCUAAGUCGUCGAAAGAGGCUACAGAAGGAAUUGCCUAUCAGUGGAAAUAUGUCGUGGAAAAUCAGUAUGGAGAUGCGGGAAUGGUGUCUGGUUCGUGCCCAAAUCGUGCUGAAUCUCCACCAAUGAACACCACAUCAAUAUCUCUGGUUCUGGAGAACUAUUUCCCUGAUAAUCCAAAUGCAUCAGCAGCCUGUAUGGAUAAUUCAGCUUCCUUGAUUAGCAUGAUGAAUACUUGUUACAAAGCGGCCAGUAAAAGGUGGCCAAACUUCAUCGCCGUCGACUUUUAUCAGAGAAGUGAUGGAGGCGGAGCUCCAGAAGCUGUAGAUGAAGCAAAUGGCCAUUUGACUUGUGGGUGUGAUAGCAUUUCAUAUUGCAAGGCAAAUGCAACCUUUGGAACAUGUGAUGUCCCUCAACUGGCGCCUCCUCCACCGGCUGCGUUAACCACCACAAGCACCGGAGGAUCCUCCCCAGACUCCAAUUCUGCUCAUUCUGAUGCAAGGCCAGCUCGACUGCGGUGGCUGUUUGGGUUGUUCUCCGUCACUGCUUUCCUUUCCUUGUUAUGAAAGGCUUUUUUCACUGUUUCCAUCUUGUGCAUUUACCUCAUUAUUUGAUUUUUGAACCCAGAGGAUGGGAGGUAUACUGUCGCCCUUCAGCAUUUUCCACAUUGUAUCUAGGAAUAAAUUCUAUACAGGGCGAAAUUGAUGACGUUGUAUUCGGCUUUUUUCAUUCUAAAUAAGACAUCCUUCCGUCUUGGUGGGAUAC